AUGGGGACACUUCUCGUGAUGACAACCGAUUUGGGGAAAGCCAAAAUAUUCAGGCCAGAACCUGCUUUGGCGCCUGAUGUGAGACAAAAGCUGUGCACGCCUGAGCACGAAUUUGUUAAAUUUACUGCCUGGUACACACAAAAUGACGUGGGAGGCAAACUGAAGGUACCAGGCCUAGCGGACAUAAAUGGCUACAUUGUUGACUCCACAGUUGUCCUGAAGGCCAAACAUGAAGAUGAGAAUGCUGCCCUCCUCAUAGAAGCAGCACUCUGGUCAAAAGGCAUUCCACGGGUUGACGCGUUGAUGGCAGCAGAUAUCUUAGUUGCAACAAAAAGGAUGCUCUAUAGCGAAGAAAGCUGGGAAGCGUUUCUUAAUAACACCACUCCGACGGAGUUGGAUUUCGUCCAACAGAGCCUGUCCAAUGGAAUGCAGCUGGACAGCACGAAGUUUGGUGUUGAAAGUGGGAAGGCUCUCUAUUCUUUUGACCUUUCCGCUGAAGGGCUCCUGGAGCUGCUUGUUAGGUCGCUUGAGUCGACCGUCAUUACAGCAGGGAGCCUAAAUGCGGGCUUGUCUGAUUUGGCACUAAUAGUGCCAGCUACUCUCGGUCUGGAGGCUUUGAAGUUGGCAGAGAAGAAUGUCACAGGCUUAACGAGCAUGUUAAGUAAAUUUCAGCUACUUCUGUGGGAUGAGUAUGCAUCAAGGAGGCAACCAACUACAGAAAGGCCUAUUUCUUCUCACUUGGAAACCUCAGGAUACUCUAGUACAUCUCGAGAGCCAGCAGGUAGCGGCAAAACCUCAAUCAGUGAAGCCUUCUCUCGUGAGGAGGGAGCAAAGGGUGCAUACUUUGAAGAUUUGUGCGAAGAGUUACACAUGAGAGCAAGCACAAGCCCAGACGAGAAGGGCCUUGCCAAACUCACAGCCCAUGAUGCUGGUGUUAUACAGUGCUCCCUGCUUCGCUUCCUCGGAAAGCGCCACAUGGGUAAUCCGAGUCCCAAGGAGAAGGAGGCUGCCUUCAGAUAUCUGCAUGAAGUAACUCAGCUUCUUCGCAGAGCAAAGAAAAGCAAUAGGUAUUCAUGGAAAACGUAUUUAAAUGCCAGGCCCAGACGCAGAGGCGAUAGUCGAGCGCAAGCAGCUUCAGUUCAGGCAGCCAUUAGACGCUCCCUCGCCACUCUGAAAAAGCAGAUUACUCAAGGCGCAGGGCGCGUGGCUCACAAGAUAAGAAGCGCAGCAGCAAAACGCGUGUUUGGGGUUCGGGCGCUCAAUAUUUUGAGAGGUCCCGAGUUUCUACGCACUCUGCAUCUCGCAGCAGUGGAGACAUUCGCUGACCAGGCCUUGUUUCCCAGCAAAAUGCUGAUUCAUCCGACAACCCUCGCUGCCUUCACACGCCUUCGCACAAUCACAAAGUUCGAAGUACUGCCUAUUAUGGAUCGGAUUGAAGGAACAGAGGUCGUUACGCAAAUGAAAAUGAUGCCCACGCCGUCCCCUUCAAUGAAAAGGCUAAUAAAACAACUCAGAAUUCAGCUGGAAAACGACCGCAUUAAACUAGGCAUCGAUUAUAAGCGCCAUGUACGGCAGUGCGCUGGAUUUCUGUCACUCCUGCACAUAACAUCGGCCGCUCCAGCCUUCGUGGGGUCGCAUCUUUCCCAUCUGUUUUCUCGCUUCGCCUUGCUCCUGGACCGAUCGACACCAAGGGACAAAGGCAACUACUUCAUCACGGAGAGGAACCUGGCUUAUUUGGAGCCAGCAAGCAUAAAGCUGGUGCUUAAAGUAGGGGAUGCACUAACUUUAUUUGAAAAGUCCGCGAUGGUGUCUCCGACGGAACUACGCCUUCACCGGACUCUAGGGCUGCUUAGUAACGUUUCACCAGCGAGCCUCCCGUUAGCUGCCGCUGGCGGAAAGCUUCAUCGUCCUCGGCUUAGUCAUGCGAGCAUGUUUCUGUUUUGCAACCUAGCGAUUCCCGUGCUCGAUCAUCCAAACCAUCAAAGAAGAAGAGAAGCAGGCGUGAAGCAGCUGGAAGAGCUGCGGCAACUGCUUGUCACAUCUAAACUGCCGCUGUAUUUCCAGGCCAACAAAGAAACCACCUCACAAGCUCUCGAGUUUCAUAACUUAGAGUCACUUAUCCGCGCAGCACAACGGGUGAAAAUCUACAGUGAAACUGCACGACAGCCUGAAAUGACUGCAGGAUUCCUGCUGCAUGCACCGCUGAUGAAAGCGCUUGAAAUUAUGGGCCUGGGACCUGAGGCUGUGGGAGAUGACUUCAUCGCUUCCCCGCUGCAAUGCACGCCAGAAGAUAGAAGCUCCGGGACAUCGUACACCAUUCCUAUCAACGGGUCGAGCCGCCUGAGGAUGAUAACGUCAGUACUACUCCAGAUCGGGGAUGCAGAAGACGUAUUAGACAGCCUGAACAUUGGUGCCGUAAACACAGGCAGAGGGGACACCGAAGCUUCCCCAAAGGUCAAAACUGUGAGCCGUGCGCAAUCCAUCCGGUACCCUGCAAACGAAGGAAGCCCACUAGAUGCUGCACGGAAAAACUUUCACAAGUCGGAAGUCUCAGGCAGUGACCUAUCGAAGCGGACAGAAGAGUACAAACAAAUUUCGGCAUUGGAAGUAAAACCUCAACGAGGGUUCCAGGACGAAAGUACACUUUUAGCGACAAAAGCUACCGACACGCUGAAGCCACCCACAAUGAACCCUAGCUCCAAGGAAUCGCGAGACUCUGAUAACCCUGGAGAAUCUGACGCGGUUGAGACUGAAAAGAAGUACACUGGCGGCUACUCCGUAGAUAUGGCCAUAAAAGCACAGAAAGAAAGUCUCGAAAACGCGAAGGCGACUGUAGCACACUUGAAAGAGCAAGCCAUACUCUUUGAAGCACACUGUUCCACAUUUGUAUCUACUUUCCACACAUUGCUGUCAAUAGCUCAGCUUCCCUCCCGCUUGUAUAGUGAAAUAUCCACUCGCUUUGUUGACGAGCUAGCUACGGUCAUCCUUGGAGGUCCCAGAAAGAAACAACGGCGAUUUGUGCACCACGUUGGACUACUGUUGCGAAGGAACCGGCGGAAUCGAAGAGUGGUCAGCGGGACUAAUGCGAAGGCCUCAGUUGGAUCGGCAGCAUCAAGAGCAGACAAAAGCAACGCCCCAUUCUUCACUGCCUUUCUGCCCUCGUCGAUGAAGGCUGCCCUUGACGGAACCCGCAAAAGGUGGAAAGGCCUUUUGGCGACAGACUAUUUAGCUGUGAGGAGCGCAGCAUGUAAACAGGAUGCAGAUCUUUGGUUGAAGGAUGAAAUUGAGACAAAUGCACAGUCUCCCGAAACAGCAGCAGAGUCCCUGAUGGCAGAUAGCACAGUUUUACCUCCGCAGCUUCAGGCAAGCCAUAGGGGCCGACAGGAACUCUGCGUCCAUCCGCUUUGGCUAGAACUGCGCUCCAGAAUCACAGUGGAACAAGAUGCAUUGGAAACAGAACAGCUGUUUUCAUAUUUUUUUCGCAUGGGGAUUGAUAACGUCACCAUAAUUCAGAGAACUGUGGAUCAAGUUCUUCUGGACCAACUAUGGAAUAAGUUAGUCUCCAUGGGUGUCCUGGGCGUCACAGCUUCCCCAGAAGCAUCUACAACUGCCCGCGAGAGAAUGCACAAGGUGGUAGCAGCUGUCAGCAAGAAAAGUCCGUUCAUGGCCGUUCAACCAGUACGCGACCUAGUUUCGACAGUUCUGGAAAAAUUGCUGCAAACGCCAAGCAUGACCAAGGACGAGCUUCGAGAGAUGCUGAAGCAGCUGCAGAUCGACGCAGUCGAGCGCGCAGCGGCAUUUUUACUGAGCAGAACAGCGGGAAUAGAACAAGAUGCAGCCGAGGAAGCAGUGGGAAACCUUGUCAGCUCGCAGACUGCUGAUAUUGUCGAAACAGACUUCUCCCCAGGAGAGGAGCCACUCACAUCAAAUUUGCAGGAGUGGCUGGUCCAGAUGUACUUCGUUGCUGACUCGCUGCUGCUUCUUUCACGACCCUCAGUCUUCAAUCCGGCCGUUGUUUUGCUUGGAAUACUCAACAAAAUAACAAACCCCAAGUCCCAUGUGUACAGCAUGUGGCGCAAAGCUUUCAAGACCACACGCCAACUAGCAAUCUCUUCUCUUGAGUUGUUACUGCGCCUUCCUCGCGCCUACGUCCGUUACUAUCACGAGCGUUCUACCGGCAAGACGGUAAAAGAAUGA